UUGGAAAGUAAAUGGGAGUCGUUAGGACUGGCCCUAGUAUCCAGUUUUCAUAGUGACUGGGACUGUGCUUCUUACUGAUUGGUAUUGCUUUGUAACCUGUUAUACUGCAGAUAACAGCGGAGCGACAUAAUGGGAGAAUUUCUAGCAUUUCCAAUGCAGUCUCAGGAACUGCAAUUAUUAGGCAUUAUCCAGGUUAUUAUCCAGUGUGCUUCUAUUUUAUUAAUAAAUUGGAUGUGAAUCAAAUAGGAUCUGAUGUUACCAAUGCUGGAAUCUAUGGGAAUAGGCAUUUGAUGUGUUAGUAAUGCUGGUUACAAUGCUGUUAGCCUACCAAUGAGCCUUUUCUAAAUUGGAGAAGACAAAACCUGGACAGAAAUCUCGGGUGAAGGGGAUGUUCCUGUAUCAUAGUGUGAUCACUUCCUUUCAGCCCGCUCAUCAGGAUUUGUAAACUAUGACCGUGCAUCACUUGAGACAAAGGCACACUCUAAGAGAGCUGAUUUUAAUGGCUUAUUCUGUUUUCCAAGUGGUUGUUUGGGCUCUGUUUCAUGUACUGGCCAUGUGGAUAUGGUGUACAAUUGGAAAUACCCUUCAGGCUCUGCAAGAAACAAAAGCAGGAGAGAAUCUGUGAUGGGUGAGAAAGGUAAAGUGCACUUUGAAGCAGGGGACGCCCUGCUGGCACUGCCUGUCACAUCCACGGCAAACACAUUUUUGGCACAUUUGCCCACUAAUAAUGAUUCUAUCUGACAUGCAACUUCAUAAAUUUGUACGACCAUUAAUUAUCUAUUAGUUUCAAAGGCAUGGUUGUGAGCACUCUACAAGUAUUUGCUGCACAAAUUUUAGUGAUCAUUCAAAUCAAUAUAUCAGAGUAUGCAAAAGUUGAAGGCCUUUUUCUAAUCAGUUACAGAUCAACACAGAAUGGGACCCUUUAGAGAUUUAUUUCCAGGUUGCAGUAAAAAUGUUUCUGAAUUUCUGAAAACUGGAUUUUCUCUUGAUGGGGAGCUUUGGGUUAAAAUUGGUACAAAACUCCAGCAGACUUCUACUGUUAAAGACAGAACGGCUGCUAAACUGUUGUCUCUUUGGUACUAAAUAAUGGAAGGGCUUAAUCAAAUUUGACAAGGAAGAAUGUCUUCAAACUGUUCCUGCCUGGAUUCAACCCGUGUCUCAACUCCCCUUCCACCCCCCCCACCCCCCCCAACCUGCGCUGCUGUUCUGUGUUUCACCCCUGAUGCUGCGAUGCUGGCCGUGCCUCGUUUCCUUCCCCCCCCCCCAGGGGGUGGAGGAGGUGUGCACGGGGCUAGAGAAUGCUGAUCCAAACUCCCUGUUGCAGCACAGCCCUGCCAUCUGCCGGGAAACGAGAAGAGAAGCAUGUGAUCGUGCACUAUGACAGCAAAUACGACCAAAAUUGGUUGGCCACUGCCUGGCCAGCUCACUCAGACCAGCCACCGUCGGCAGUGCAGGAGUGGAUCUGGCCACCGCCCAGUCAGUGCCGCAGACUGACAACACCGUGACUCUUAUUCCAACAGGUGUCACGGGCCCCCUUGGGGACAGGCAUAGCGCUCUCUUAUUAGGAUAUUCUUCUGUUACAUGGAUAAAACUUCUGUUUUUUCCAGGACUUGCAGAUGCUGACCAUGCUGGGGUGCUUAACAUAAUGGCAUGGAUACCCUCACCCUCUGCUUUAUUUCUACAGGGCAAAUGAUUAAUUCCUUUUCAUUCUGUGACUGGACCUGGCAUCAAGGACCAAAUUGGUGGAUUUAGGACAUGACAAAAAACAAACCAUUGUUACCAUGCUUAGUAGACGGCUGACAGUUAUUAGGCCUCUUGGGGUUCUGGUGUUGGAUGCUCGAAUCUUCUAAAUGACGCCCACAGAUCUUCUCACAUGGGGUCGAGGGUAUGCUUGUAUUUCCACAGGAGCUGGAACCCAGUGGAUUCCUGCCUGUCUGGUCUGGCUGUGGUUGCCAGCUGCUGCUGCCUCUACUUCUGUUCCUGCUGCUGGGAGUGGGCCUGUCAGAGAAAACAAUGCAAGUGUGGACUCUAACAACCCCCAAGUUGUUGGGGAAUUUUUGGCUGCAGUAUGCGAAGCCGACUAACUCUUCCAUGGCGUGCUUGGCUCUUUCAGUGGUAGGUGAUCCAUUUUGUAUCUGUGCUCUUGCCAUACGUUAUGUCUCGUUUCAACAAGACAGCCUGUGCCAAUGGUGAUUUGCUGAAUAGGAUCAGGGUGGUGAACAACAGAGGUAGUCAUCUGCCCUUUGUUAGGUGCAUGUAUGAAGGGAUCUGGUACUGCGAGCUCCUGUGGCAAAGGGCAAUAGCAAUGGGGUUGCUUAUUCUCCAGCAGCCUCAGGGCCCUUGAGCAGGCAAUGUUCGAUGGCAGGCCCUGGCCACCGUGCGUCCCAACGUAUCGGUGGUGGGGUGGGUUUGCUUUCACUCUAGCUCACCUAGUGCAAGGCUGCAAGGCAGCAAGGACUACUGGGGUUUCUUUUCCAAUUUGCUUGGUCUUCCUAGCUGACUUGAGAAUGUUCUUACUGUGGGUGUGAUUGCUUUAGUAGUUAUCCUGCUUGCUGUGUGUUUGAUUCCUGUUAUAGUUCAUAUUGUUCACCGUGUUUUGGAUUGGGCAGUUAAUCGCCUUCUCGCAGUUAAUUUAGUUUUAAGUGCACCACAUGGAGAUGGCUAUCAACCACUAUCCACGUGUGACUCUGAAACAUCACAUUAGCAAAGAAAAGGGGGAGAUGUUGGGGUACUGAGUUGUCUUUGUAAGGAUUUAUGAGUGCAUACAGUAGCUCUGAGUGGAUGGAGUGUUCUUGAAUAGCUGAGUUAGGCCUGUAGGUUAAGAGUUUGUAGGCAGGGGGUUUAGGCACAGGUUCUGUGUACAGGUUCUGUUGCAUGCAUCGGGUUUUCGCAGUGUGUGUACGCAUCUGCCCGGAAUUUAGGAUGGUAUAUAAGGACUGUGACACCGCAAUAAAUUGAGAGAUGACAUCAUGGCAGCCACGUUUAUGUCUCUCUCCCCUGGACGGUGGAGGUCCCGGAAUAAGUCGGGUUAAUUGGCGGUUACGUCAAGAGACUGUAUUCACACACAAUCCCUACAGGUAGGACUGCCAGUUGUUGAAAAUCAUCUGCCUUUUUAAAUUCAGCUUGUCUGUCAGUAAGUUUUAUGGCAGGACUGUAAUGGCAAAUGUAACUGCUACAAACAGGUAAUAAGAAUUUCUGCCACUGUGCUUCUCUGUGGCGAGCUAUGUGGUAAUAUGCUGCUGAUGGGAAAAGAAACCUUUAAACCCUGAGUUUUCUCUUUGCUUUUCUUUCUUAGCUGGACCUGGAGGAAAUAUCUAAAGAGAAAAUAUGUGGUCUGUGUGGGAACUAUGACGGCAAUAAGAAGAAUAAUUUAAUUAUGGACGGAUCGAAAAUGCACCCGAGGCAGUUUGGGAACUUUCGCAGAGUUGAGGAUCUGUCAGGAAAGUGUCCUGAUGUGAGGCCAGAGGACCACACUGAAGACAUCCUACGAAGGAUGAUGAUAGAUGCAGUAAAUAUCUGCAUAUGCAGCACUUUAAACCAAUACUCUCGAGACUGCGUUGUCUGUGGAAUUGAGAACCGAAGAGCUUUGUUAUCAGGAAUGGUUUUGCAGACCAGACAACACGGAGUACAUGGAAUGUGGAAACUCCUGUGCUGACACGUGCGCUGACCCAGAAAGGAGCAAGAUAUGCAAAGCCCCACCUACAGAUGGAUGCUUCUGUGCUCCCAGUAAGGCAGUUUGCUUCUUCCAAUAGGUCACCCAACAAGUGACAAAGAUGGAGAAUAUUUCCUUUAAGUUAGUGGCGUUUUUUGGGGUUCUUUUUGUUUGUUUGUUUGUUUGUUUGUUUGUUUGUUUUGUCCUUUAUGAUUUUACACUAAAAUCAGUGAAUAAGCUCUUUCUUCUAGUAUAAUUUAACAAAUUCCUUCUUCAUGGAAAUGUAGAAUCACUGAACCACUGGGGUUGGAAGGGACCUCUAGCAAUCGUUUUCAUGCUCCUGCUAUAGCAAGUUCUCUACAGUAGGUGGCACAGGAAAGUGUUCAGCUGGAUCUCAGAAGAACCAAAUUUCUAAAGAUUCAGGAUCUUGAUGCUGAGCCAGGGGAUAGAAAUGACAUUUUUUC